AUGGCAUCAAUCAACGAGUAUCAUGUUUCAGCAAACAUUGGUCCUAGUGCAGGACGACCGCAACAGCAUCAGCGCUCUAAAUCCAAAGGCAAUAUUCUCAAAACUUGGAUUCAUAGAAGAAACAAUUCCGAUGGCUCUCCCCUACCACCUACCGAGUUAAUUCCACCAAAUUAUAUUCCAGAAUCAUCCUCAUCCAGACAAGAGAUAGGUGGAUUUCCAAAUUUCUCUCGACCGGCCGCCCUCGGCGAGAUCCAGCAGAAUCAAAUUAGCAUUGUUCCUCGAUCACCACCCAAGCAGUACGAGCUACCGAGCGCUCCACCAUCCCCAACCAAGAAGAGCUACAAUACAGUAUCAGCGAAACCAAUGACUACAAAGGAGGCAGAGAAACUAGCUAAGCUAGCCAAGCAGAACGAAGGCAAACCCAAGAAAACAAAGUCCGCUACGAACCUCGUAGGCUUCCUAAGUCGCCCCAAGAGCACGAAGAAUCUGCAAGCAACAGUUACCGAAGACGAGAUGCGUUUCAAGAAGAACAAAGAGAAUCACCCUCCCUAUGAGACACCUCAGCGACCUCCGAUCUACGCUCAGUUCUCGAGCGGCGCUCUAGAGAAGCAGAAUGAGCAGGAUUGCGCGAAGAAUACUCACAGCCUGGACGUCCCUAGCUACCCCUCCUCGAAGAGCGGCGGGUCGAGCACCCGCGCCGGAAAAGAACGACCCAAAUCCGGGAGCAGCGGCAAGACCUCGCCGUCUAAGAUACAGCGCGGUCUCAGGCUGUUCACCGGCGGCUCCGGGUCGCAAAGCAGGCCCACCUCGGCCGGGCCUGUCGAGCCUGUACUCGACCCCAAGGAUAUUGACAAGCACCUCGAGGCCAUGCUAGACCGACGAAAUAUUCCCGAGCACCAGAGGUACAAGAUGCGCAACCUAGCAGAUACCAUCAAGAUGGAAUUCAUAAGGCAAGACUGGGCUGAGAGUCGCGGCCUGCAUGGCACUCGGCCCGAGAGCCACGGUAGCGACUCAAGCAUCAGCGUCGCGCAGGCGAAUGAGAACCGCAAGACGAAGAAAUCUCGAGGCCGGAGCUUUACAUUAUCGCGGGGCAAGAAGUCGGGGACGUCUUCUCCCAAAAAGCAGAAGGGCGAGGGUUCCAUAGGACGGCACUUUCGCAGUCGGUCCACGGACAGUGUUGCAAGCGAGCGGCCUUGUUCCGCUGGGUCGGGUACCGGCGGCGGCAUCUUCUCCAAGGUAAAGUCGCAGCAGGGCCCCGUAGACUUCGUCGCCUACCUGCGUAAGGUCCAGAAGCCACAGUCGGUGGAGGUUGGCAAGCUGCACAAGCUGCGUCUGCUGCUGCGCAACGAGACGGUGGCAUGGACUGAAGAAUUCAUACGACAGGGCGGGAUGCAGGAGAUCGUGGCGUUGCUGCAUCGCAUCAUGGAGGUCGAGUGGAGAGAGGAACACGAAGAUGCUCUUCUGCAUGAAAAUCUCCUCUGCCUCAAGGCGCUGUGCACUACAGCCCUCGCACUGCAGUACCUCAAUUCGAUCCAAGCAACGCUGUUCCCGGCCCUACUACGUAUGCUCUUUGACCCCGAGAAGAAGGGCCCAAGCGAGUUUACCACUCGUAAUAUCAUCACCUCUGUGUUAUUCACUUACAUACAAUCUGCCGCACCCUCUGACCGUCCCGUCCGCGCCAAGACCGUACUUGGCCAUCUACGCGACCCAGAGCCAAAGGAAGCAGAACGACCAAUCGGUUUCGUCCUCGAAAUGCACCGAGAACGCCCCUACCGCGUAUGGUGCAAGGAGGCCGUUGGUGUUACGAAAGAAGUAUUCUGGAUAUUUCUGCACCACCUGAAUGUAGUCUACCUGCCGCAAGAAAAGGAAGCCAGAGAAAGGGCUGGCCCGUCCGGAAUCGACAGCGCUACCUACAUGCAGACGCAUUUCCCGCAAGAGAGGCCCCCGGUCCCCGCCGCCCCCUACGUCGGCGGCGUAGAGUGGGAUGCCACAAACUAUCUAGCUUCGCAUCUCGACCUCAUGAACGCAAUUAUUGCCUGCACCCCAACAGCAGAGGAGCGUAACGCUCUGCGCAGCCUAUUUAACAUCUCGGGCUGGGAGCGCUGCAUGGGGGGCAGCUUGCGCCUUUGCAAAGAGAAAUUCUACCCGGGCGUGCAUGACGGGUUACGGACUUGGGUGGCCGCCGCGGCCGAAGAUGCUUGGGACGUGCGAGGCGUGCGCUAUGGACCGCCUGCCGAGCCCAAAAGCCCGCGCAAGAACCAGGCGGGAGGCGGUGGGAAUAAAGGUAAGAAAAAGGAGGAGGCGCCGCCACGGAUCGACAUGCCAAAGUUCAAUCUUGGCUCCGACGCUGCACGUAGCGCGGCUACUCCCGCAGGACGGUCAAGCGAGAACUGGCUCUCGUAG